AUGAAAGAAGUCGGGUUCACAACAUAUCCCGAUCUUGAAACGAAACAACAUGUUUACAUGCGAUAUAAACAUGAAGGUAGUCCCAAGUGGUAUGUUAAAUGCAAUGAACUUGUGACACGAUCUGAUGGUGUAGUUUGCCGGUGUUCAAUGCAAGAACAAAGGGAGGAUCAUUAUAAAAACUGGCUUAAGACUCAUGUUCACACAUGCCAGGCCGGAGAAGCAUUAUCGCAGCAAACAUUACUUGACUACUACAAUAAAGGUAAACAGCCAAAUGAUCCAAUGUUGGAUUUAUCGAAUGUAUACGAUGAAAUGACCAUUUUUACCGGUAAGUUCAACCUUGCCUUAGACACAUUUGCAUCCCCAGUGUUGUGCAUGAAAAUUCGGUUCACUUCACUUCUGACAAAAGUGACAAGUUUACAUGGCAAAAAUAGUUUACAUGGCAAAAAUAUAUAG